AUGGCGCAGGACCUCACGGUCCGAUUGGGUGUGUGCACGGGCCAGGGCCACAGCGCAUGCAUUCGCGAUCACUUCGGGCCACGGUGCUGCUGGUUCGCCACCAUUUUGCUCCUCAUGGAGUGCGUCAUCGCUAUGGUCAGUGAGAUGAGUGGCGUGGCGGCCACGGGGCGGUUGUGGGGCAUGGACCAAGCCAGCUCGGUGCUCUUGGCGGCGCUGAUCAUUGCGGGUACGGUGGUUGGGUUGUCCUAUCGACAGAUUGAGACCAUUGGCAUCGUGCUGGGAGCCUUCGAACUGACGUUUGUCCUCACUAUGCUAUACUAUCACCCCUCCUUGGAUUCGAUUAUGACGGAUGUCGCGGCCCGAUUCGCGGAUCCGGAGUAUAUGAAACUCAUCUCCGCCAACAUCGGAGCAGUCAUCAUGCCCUGGAUGGUCUACUUCCAGCAGAGCGCCGUGGUCGCUCGGCGCCUCCAAACGUCCAAGGCCAUGAGCGAAGAACGCACCGGGACGCUGCUGGGCUCCGUGCUGACGCAGCUCAUCAUGAUCGGUGCCUUGGUGACCUUGGCGGCCGCGCAAUCCAUCAACAAGGACCUUCACAGCGUGGAUGAAAUCGUGAAGGCCAUCAGCCCUGCCUUUGGAGAGAUGGGCUCCAAGGUCCUGGUGUCCUUGGCCUUCCUUGGCGGUUCCCUUUGCGCUGCCUUCGUGGUGUCACUGGCGGCGACCUGGGCCCUCUGCGAAGCCGCGGAGUCGGACGACGCGGUGACGGCGCUGGAGCAGUCGCCCAGGGAUGCACCCUUCUUUUACGGCAGCUUCCUCUCAGUGGUCCUACUGGGUGCUUUGGUCCUGUUGUCGGGCGUCAACACCGUGCGGCUCAACGUCUGGGUGGAACUGUUGGACGGGAUUCUGAUGCCCGUGGCUGUGGGCUUCCUCUACCUGCUGGCCAUCAGUCCGGUACUGCCCGAGGUCGUGCGCGUGAAGGGCAUGUAUAAAUGGUGCGCCGGCAUCAUCUUCGUGUUGGUGGCCUUCACCUCCUUAGCUUCAGCCAUCACCGGCUUCAUAACGCAGGGCACCCUGAUCACGGUGAACCUUGAUGGAUUCAGCGUGUCCGCGGUGACUCUUGAGCAGGUCAAUGCAAUGAGCGUGGACGAAAUGAUGAAGAUUGCGAACCAAAGCUCCCUCACAGCGCCCUGGCCGAGUGGCAUCGGGUCAGCCGCAGUGUCCAUCCUCUCGGUGGUGGUGUCCAUGGAGGCUCGUGGCCCGGCGCACGGCCGCGGCCAAGUCCGAUGCCCUGGUGAGUUGAGGAAAGUCUUCAGCGCCGGGCACCUGGAUGCCGUCAACGCAGCCCAUCCCCACAUGGACGACCCGCGCUUCCUGUCCUUGACCAACCAGUCCAACCACUGCAUCCUGCGCUUCAUCGUCUUCGCGCGUUGCGCGCGCGAACUGGGAGAAGAGGACACCAGGUGCAAGUAUCAGUACUACCGGGCUCAAUGCGCCUGCCCCGAGUCGCAACUCGAGGAUUGGAUGGAGCACCGUGCCCGCGGCUCCUGUCACCUGGACGUCCUGCCAGAUCGCAGUACGGUGCACGUGCGGCAGUGA